CGUUUGCUGUAAUAAGUAAACAGUAUUGAUUAAUCAUGUUUAAAAGUAGCAAGUUAUUAAGAAAAAUAAAUUAUAAGCAAAUCAGACACCUUCACCAACUGCAACUGGAUAAAGGGAGUUAUUUGUAUCACCCAGGUAGUGAACCUCUCAAUUCUGCUAAUUUCGGAGAGGUCUUGGAACGAACGGUUAACAAAUAUCACAAUAGAAUCGCCAUCAAAUCUAUUUAUGAAAACCAGAGUGUCACUUAUGGGGAAUUAUUGGAACAGGCAGAUGCCCUGGCGUAUGGACUUAGGAGUAAUGGUUUUGAAAAAGGUGACCGUUUUGGUAUUUGGUCUCACAACAGCGCGGGGUGGAUUAUAGCAUCUAUAGCAGCGUUUCGGGCUGGCCUUAUAUCUGUGCUAAUUAACCCCCUUUACGAAGCUUCAGAAUUAAGUUACUGUAUUAAUCAAACGGGUUUGAGAGGCCUGUUAGUGGGGGAUGAAUUACCAACUAAAAACUAUUACAAAACAUUGCAACACAUGAUACCAGAAUUGGCGUCGGCAAAGCCGGGCAAACUCAAGUCGAGUAAAUUUCCCAGUUUGACAACACUCCUUACGACUGGAAAAAUGAAUUUGAAAGGAGCCUUCACAUUGGAUUCGUUAAUAAAGGAAUACAGGAAUAAAGACGUAUCGCAGUUCGUGAAAGAAGUUAAAUCAGAGGAUGGUUGUUUAAUUCAUUUCACAUCAGGCACUACUGGAAAUCCCAAAGGUGGAUUAGAUUCAAACCGAGGAAUAGUUAAUAAUACGUACUUCUCGGGAAAAAGAAAUGGUUUCCACGAAGCCCAUGAAAUUAUUUGCGUACAAGCUCCACUCUUCCAUGCUCUAGGAUCUGUGAUCACAUUACUGGGCGGGUUCACACAUGGCGCUUCCCUAGUACUCGCGGCGCCAUCCUACAGCGUCACCGCUACUGUAAACGCUUUAAUUGCUGAAAAAUGUACAGCAAUAACGGGAACUCCGACCAUGUACGUAGAUAUUCUCUCCAAAGUAAAAGGUAAAGGUGAUUUCCCUAUUAACCUUCGGAUGGCACUUGCGGCCGGUGCACCUUGCAGUCCUGAACUCAUACAUCAAAUGAAGAAAUACCUAAAUGUUCAAUCAGUCAAGGCUCUGUAUGGUAUGACAGAAACUACGGCGAGUGUUUUCCAAUCACUUCCUGGUGAUAAUGUUGAUAUUGUUGCUGAAACUGUCGGCUACAUUAUGGAUCACGUAGAAGUUCAGGUGGUAGAUAGUAAUGGAGUCAGGGUUCCAUUCGGCGAGGCGGGUGAACUGAUGGUCCGUGGUUAUCUGAACAUGAUUUCAUAUUGGAAUGAUCCAGAAAAAACAAAGGAAACCAUUACCGAUGACGGAUGGUUGCAUACUGGGGACAAAUUCGUUAUUUCCCCGAAUGGAUACGGACGUAUAGUUGGUCGCAUAAAAGAAAUAAUUGUGAGAGGGGGAGAGAACAUAGCACCAAAAGAAAUAGAAGAUCUUCUAAACACCCACCCUGAUGUUAUUGAGAGUCAGAUUAUUGGAGUAACAGACGAAAGAUUAGGUGAAGAACUAUGUGCAGUUAUGCGAUUAAGAGAUGGCGCUGUGUUCGGUGUUAAAGAUAUGUCUUCGUUUUGCGCAGGAAAAAUUUCUAAAUUUAAAAUACCAAGGCUGCUGAAAAUAACAGACGAGUUUCCUAAGACAGCCUCCGGAAAAAUACAGAAGUUUAGGCUAAAAGAAAUGGUAGAAAGUGGAAAAUUGUAAAUUAACUUUGUGUUUUAUAAAAUCUUAAUUUUUAAUUUCUUUGUAAAGCUAGAUGCAGUGCCGGAUUAGCCAGGUGGCAAGAGUAGCAAAUGCUACGGGCCCCGCGCUCCAACGUAUCCAACUAUAAUAAUACCCCUAACCGUAAUAAAAAAAAUACUAAUUUACAUAGCAGCGUAAUAUAUCUUGCCUCACUUCCACUUAAAAAUCUAAAACUCGAUUUCGUCACUUUUUUUACUUUAACUUUGUUGAAUAUUAUACACAUAUACACUUUCAAUAAACACUGAUUAUAUUGAAAGUAAUCCCUAAAUUUGCCUAUGAUAAAAAAAAUAUUUUGUAACGGUUUUGUUUAAUACUACUUAUGAAGCGCCCCUUGAUAGAAUUUGCUACAGACCCCGCUCUGGCUUAUUUCGGCACUGACUACAUGAGCGAUGCUAUAGUAUAUUUUCUAUUAUACAAUGUCAUGUCCUUAAGCUACACACACACCGUGUGUACACACACUAAGUAUUUUUAAAAUUAAACCAACGACUUAACUGGAUGAAGUUGCUCUACGGACAACAAGGUUUGGUAAAAUAUAAUUAUUAAUCGACAUUUUCAAAUUUCGAGAAAGCGUCCUAUUAUUGGCGUCUCAUUCAACUUAAUAAAAUUGUAACAUCUGUUUCAUGUGAUUUCUAUAGAAACGACAUGGGACAAAAAUAUAACGAACGAAAUGAAGGUCCCGAGAAAAAUGUAUCCUUAAUUUAAUCUACCGCUGUAUGUUGUAAUACUAUGGUUAGCCAAUAUAUAAUAAUAUGGGAGUCAAAAUAUCUCAGCUCGUUUGAUAUAAAAAAAACUAUUUUAUAAAAUAAGACUUUUAAUUAUACAACACAUUAAAAAAGAUAUUUAAUA